AUGUCGUAUCAAACCAAUCUCUUCAUCAACGGCGAGUACGUCCCCUCGUCGUCGGGAGAGACUCUGUCCAUCUACAACCCCAACGAUGACACCCUAGUCACCGACAAAGUCCAAGUGGCGUCCGAGGCCGACGUCGACAAGGCCGUCGCUGCCGCCAAAGCCGCCUUCCCUGGCUGGUCCUCGACGCCCGGUGCAAAGCGGGCUUCCAUCAUGCUCAAGUUUGCUGAUCUCCUGGACGCCAACGCCGAACGCCUCGGGAAACUCGAGACGCUCUGCAUGGGUCAACCCAUCACGCUGGCCAAAGGCUUUGUUCACGGCCCCGCCGCAGUUUGGCGCUAUUACGCCGGCUACGCCGGCAAGAUUGCAGGCGAAAGCUACCCUCCCGAGGGAGACGGCUCCUAUAAGAUCGUCGCCUAUGAGCCGCUGGGUGUCUGUGCCGGUAUUGCGGCUUGGAACGGCACUCACGCCCUCGCUGCCUGGAAAAUGGCGGCUGCUCUCGCGGCGGGAAACACCUUUGUCUUCAAGCCCUCGGAGAAAUCGCCGCUGGGUGCCGCACUCUAUGGAGAACUGAUCAAUGAAGCUGGCUUCCCUCCGGGCGUGAUCAACAUCGUGAUCGGUGCCGCGCCGGUGGGUGCCAUGCUGGCUUCUCACAUGAACAUUGCCAAGAUUGCCUUCACUGGCUCCGCUGCCGGAGGUCGAGCAGUCCAGAUCGCGGCCGCCAAAUCCAACAUGAAAUACGUCUCCCUGGAGUUAGGUGGCAAAUCUCCCGCGUUAAUCUUCGAUGAUGCCGACUUGGACAAUGCUCUCCUACAUAACUCCGCGGGCUUUUUGCGGAACUCUGGACAAGUCUGCUUUGCCUCAUCCAGAGUUCUCGUCCAGGAAGGUAUUGCCCCCAAGUUUAUUGAAGGAAUCAAGAAGGCUUUUGAAAACGAGGCAAAGAAAAUGGGAAACCCUUCUUUGGCCGAAACUGCAUAUGGCCCCUUGGCGGACAAGAAGCAGUUCGAGCGCGUCAUGGGAUUCCUCAAAGACGGCAAAGCUGAGGGCGUUGAAGUCUUGACCGGAGGUGAGAGACUGGGCGAUAAAGGCACCUUUGUGAAACCGACUGUACUUCUCAACCCCGAUGUCCGGAGCCGUGUCUUUACCGACGAGAUAUUUGGACCUGUGAUCGCUGUCAAGACAUUUAAGACUGAGGAGGAUGCGAUCGCCAUGGCUAACGAUACCACUUAUGGUCUUGGAUCCUCUGUUUUCACAGCCGAUAUUGCUCGAGCAUUGCGCGUGGCGUCCAAGCUUGAGGCUGGAAACGUGGGAAUUAACCAGGCAUAUAAGACCACUCCACAGACGCCGUUCGGUGGAUAUAAGCAAUCCGGCCAAGGAAGGGAGAGCGGGCACGACGGCCUCAAAGGGUACUUGCAAGCCAAGACGAUCGUGAUAAACAUGGAGACGCCGAAGAAAGCAUGA